UUUUUUUUUAUUUCUGGGUUCAAACUUACUGCUGCACUGCAAUCAGUAUUCACUAUGCUUUGCUUGCUCCGUGUCUGCCUAGUCAUAACUUGGCUGGUCUCCCUUGUGAUAUUAGAUUUCUUUUCUCCCUUCUAUGGCUAUUACUACUAUUUUGUGAACUGCGCAUUCAAUUGCUGUAUGCUAAAAUUGGGCUGUUGGAAACGGGGAUGAGUUUGGGGUGUUCUACAGGACUGAGCCGGGGGUGGUUACCUCAUUAGCAAGGGUGUCACAUAUAAAGUUACAUUGAUACUUACAGACGAAGC